GUAGUAACGCUAAUAACCAGGACAGGCACCUCUUCCUGCACUGCCUUCAACCAUCUCAUAACGGAAGAUGGUUGUUUGAUUAAGAACAGCACAAAAUGGUUGCAUCUUCUUUUCCAGUCAGGUAUCCGAGGAAGUUUUGUUACCCAGAUCUGCCUCUUUCUGACACGAAAACCAGCACUAGAAUUGUCCAAAGGCAGCUGGAGUUGUCAAACCUCCGGGACACACCAGAGCUUUUCUUCUCAGGGCACCCGGAAACUUGGCUUGCGGUAGUAUGGCCGUGACUGGUUCAAUGGAAAGCAGGCAUUGAAACCUCUGGACGACUAUGUAGCCGAGGUAUGAGUCGAAUACUGUAUAUUUUUGGACAACCUCCUAGGUACAGCACAGUACCAGUACCGCAAAGAUGCAAUAGCUGUUACAUGGCAUCGGAAAACAAACUUACUUUAAAGUUGCACGAUGGCACUAAGACUGAGUUCGCAAAUAGAGUACUUGGUGCAAUACUCCGGACGUACGAGAGUACGAGAUACUGCCAGGCUGUGAUACAGUUGUUCCGAUACCACGUCUCCUUCUCUGGUCUGGUCUUUUCCCAAGAGGCACCUCAUUCCGCAGGCAUGCAUUGCAGCAUUAUUGCAGCAUUGAAAGCAUUGACCGCCAGACGCACCUCACAUCCAUCUGAAAGAGAAUCUCUCAACAACGGACAGCUCGCAGAAAUUGUACUGGUAUGCAGCCAAUAAUCAGUAAGACUACAGAUGAACUGAUAAUGCCAAUAUUAUAUAAUACCCGUUACGGCAUUGAAGCUCUACCCGCCAGCGGUUACAAAGAGGCCUUCUUUUCCUCUUUGAGAAAAUAGCUUGGCAGCUCAAAAUCGAAUGCGAAAAUCAAAUUGUGGUUUUGAAGGGGCGUACGAGUGCUGUAAUACUGAUUAUUUCUUUUAUGCCAUGCUUGCCAAAAGUCUGUCUGUCAUUGGCUGUUUGUCAGGCAACGUGUGUAGGUGGCCAGGAGCGAGGGAGCGGCAUCGGCCGCUGAUUUUCUCAUGCCUGCAGUACGGAGUACCUGAGAGAAAAGUAUCACCCGUCAAUUUAUUCUCUGUGAGUCAAACGAAGAUUGAAAUACACCAAAAAUUUAGCACCUAAACAAGUGACUCAGAAAAUGAAAAAGAACGACGUCUAGAGACCUUUAGUUAGCUAGCUGAGGCUAGUUAAAUACCAUCAGUCUGUUAGUUUAGGCUGUUCCAUUGUGAUUCAAGACCCCUGCCAGUACCCCUCCACCCCUCCAACCCCUCCAGGCCCGCUUGAGAAAUCCUACCAUAGGUUCCCCAAUCAUCCACCUCAAGGCGAAGAGUCAAGGCAAAGAGGCAAAGUUGUACACAAACUGCAAGAGCGACCUGCAACCUCGCACUACAUUGCCCAUCACCGCUCCCGUCUGUACAACAUCACGAAAUUGUAUUUCUUCCAACCUUUUCUCUCUCUCAUCCGCCUUUCAAUCCUACAAAAAUGCCGAUUCUUGAUAUCGAAGCUGUCUCUGACGACGUGAGGAGUGAGUAUUCCAAGAUACGACUCUAACCCCUCGAUGACAAUAACAAUGUCCAUUCUACCUUUACCUUCUUUGACCAGCACUUUGCUGACGCACGACGAUAAUCUAGUCUUGGGUCAGGAUCCCUUGAUCCCUCCUGCAUUGCUGGUCUCGGAGAUUCCUAUGACCCCAGAGUCUUUGAAGACUGUCAUCAAAGGACGCAAAGAUGCCGUUGAAUGUAUCAUGGGCACUUCAGACCGUCUCUUGGUCAUCUGCGGGCCAUGCUCCCUCCACGAUCCCGUCACAGCCCUUGAGUACUGUUCACGAAUCAAGGCCCUCUCAGAUAAAUUGUCGGACGAUUUGGUCAUCAUCAUGCGAGCAUAUCUGGAAAAGCCACGAACAACAGUUGGAUGGAAGGGAUUGAUCAAUGAUCCUGAUAUCGAUGAGUCAUUCAAAAUCAACAAAGGUCUUCGAAUUAGUCGACAACUCUUCUCUGAUCUUACAAGUGCUGGCAUGCCAAUCGCCUCUGAGAUGUUAGAUACCAUCUCUCCCCAAUUCCUCGCAGACAUGAUUUCUCUGGGUGCCAUUGGUGCGCGAACCACUGAGUCACAAUUACACCGAGAGCUUGCAUCUGGUCUUUCCUUUCCUGUUGGCUUCAAGAAUGGUACUGAUGGAAGUUUGACUGUUGCAAUUGAUGCUAUCGGAUCUGCUGCUGCUAAGCAUCACUUUAUGGGUGUCACCAAGCAAGGUCUUGCCGCUAUUACAAGAACAAAUGGGAAUGAGCACGGUUUCGUCAUCCUCAGAGGAGGCACUAGAGGCACCAACUUUGAUGCUGAGAGUGUCAAGCUUGUAAAGGAGACUUUGGACAAGAAGAAACAAAAACAGGCCAUUAUGAUUGACUGCUCGCAUGGUAAGUUAUCUCACAAUUUAUUUAUCCACCUUCUCCCUUCACAUGGACCACAAACUAAUUGAAUCAACAGGCAACUCAAAUAAAGAUCACCGCAAUCAACCCAAGGUCGCUGCUGUUGUUGGUGAACAACUUAGAGCUGGCGAACGUUCUAUUAUUGGUGUUAUGAUCGAGUCCAACAUUAACGAGGGCAACCAAAAGGUUCCAGCGGAAGGUCCAGCUGGUCUCAAGAAGGGUGUCAGUAUUACUGAUGCAUGCAUUGACUGGGACACUACUGUUACCGUUCUUGAAGAUUUGGCCGCCUCAGUUAGGGAAAGACGUAAGGUCACCUCCAACGGGAAUGGAGUGAAGGCAUGAUGAGAUCGCAUUGGGAUGAUAUAGCAUGGCGUUUUGAAGGA